AUGUCGAAUGAUAAUCACAAAACUGAACUAACCACCCUACUUAAUGAACUAAUGUCUGAUACUGACUCAAAGCCACUACACCCCAAAAAUAAACUGCUCCUCUACAGUCGCUACGUCUUGUCCAAGUUAGCCUGGCACUUUACCGUCGCAACACUCUCUAAAACAUGGGUUACUGAAAAUAUCGAUUCUAUUGCCAACAAUUAUAUCCGCAGAUGGCUUGAAGUACCAAUAUCAGGAACACUAAGUACUGUCUUUCUAACAAAUAACAAAUUUGGCCUGAGUAUUUAUCCUCCAUCUGUAAAAUUUAUCCAGUGUCAAACAGUCCUCCGAAAAGCUUUAAAAUUUUCUCCUAGUGAAUCAACUAACGACCUGUGGAAAGCAACCAGUAACCAUGCUAAUAUCCAAUAUGACGCUUAUAACUCUACUAAGGAAGUUCUCAAAGAUUUCCGUUCUGGACACGAAAACAAACUCCUAAAGCAAUUAACCAGUCAAGGAUCCUUUUUCUGCAGCGUCACGAAGUUCGCUUUACCUCAGCUUAACAAGGUGUGGUCCAUCGCCCAAUCAAAGCUCCCGAAAAACAUUUACAACUUUACCAUUCGUUACAUUAACAACUCUCUUCCGACGCGCAAAAACCUAAACAGAUGGGCAAUAUCGUCAAAUUCAGACUGUUCUUUUUGUCUUAGCCCUGAAACAUUACUACACAUAGUAGCUGGAUGUCAGUUUUAUCUCGACCGAUUUACGUGGAGACACAAUUCAGUCCUGAACUUUCUUGCUCAUACUUUACAAACUGUUGACGGUUCUACUCUCUACGCUGAUCUAAAUGGAUUCAAAAGCCCUUCAAUACUUACUGGUGAUACGUAUCGCCCAGAUUUGUUAUUAUCGUGCUCAAAUGGUUCCUUAUAUGUGGCUGAACUCACCACUGCAUGGUUAUGA